AUGGUUUUUCCUCUCCUGCUGUCCACCAACUAUCCUUCGUCUUGGAAAGUCGACGUAGGCCAAGGUCAUGGUGUGGCCGAGAUUCCUUCCCGGCCCUGGGAGAGGAUGACCUUCCUCCUUAUGAGGCCGGGGAGAAACUGUAAUGCGAUUGAUGAAGAUGGGAAGGCCAGGUAUGAUGAUUCCAACUUGGCCACGUUCGUUUGGCUUAGCAUCUCGGUUGCACCCAUGUCCAGAGUGACGGCCCUGGCUUCACCCCGCCACAUUUGUGCCCAGAAUGAUGGCCCUGGCCAUGGCCUGAGUGACGGACUUGGCUUCAACCCGGCUGCACCCAUGGCUGGAGUGACGGCCUUGCCCAUGACCGCGGUCAGCGAAGAUGUGGGCGGUGGAGGCACUGCCUAG